UCUGGCUGUUUGACAUACCAAAUUGCAAUUUUUACGUACGCCCUUUAAGAUUUUACGCCGCAACAUCGCUACUCCGCCGCCGCGUUUACGUGCCAAUAGCUACCGUCAGGAUGCCUGAAGAUCCUAAGAAUGUAGAUGAGCUAUUUGAAGAGGUGAGUAACCUUCCGGUACGCCGUAGUAACCCUUUUGUAACGCUGUUGAAUUCCCAGACCGCCAGGACAACUCCCAUCCUCUUAUAGCCACAGUUCUGUUCAUACGGGCACUCCAAUCGCAGCAUUCUCCGUGAAACCCGUGCCACCUCACCCCUGCCUAGUCACAAGCCCCAAAGCACACGCCCCAGCCUGGUUCCUGCAUGCCCACUGCUGCUGCAUCAGCUCCCCCCUUUCCCUCCUCAUCCGCAGGUGCCGUGCCAUAAACUGGCAUUAAACUCCGCUCACUCCAUCGGCACCCCAUCCAUUACUCGCCCCUUAGAUCCUUCCUCUUUACCCCUAUACCGUAUCAUCCUCACACGCCAUCCCCCUCAUCCCUUCCCUGGCCCCACUCCCAACCCCUCCCUCCGCCCCAAACACUGCCGUACGCAUUAAUACACACGGCACGCACGGCACGGCACGCGUCAGGCCUCCCGGCUCCACAGCUCCGGAACCAAUCUGCCGCGUGCCGAGUCACUGUACCGUGCCGUACUCGCCGUACAGCCCCGCCACGCCCAUGCGCUACAUCAACUGGGAGCUCUGCUAACCCAAUUGUACGGCAAAGAAAAGCUCCCGGAGGCCGAGCGGCUGCUCACCUCCGCCAUCCAGCUGCUGCCCGCGUGCGGCCGCUUCCGCAACAGCCUGGGUGUGCUGCACCAGACAGCCGGCAGGUGGCGGCAGGCGGCGGAUGCGUUCGAGCGGGCCAAUGAGAAGGACCCCAUGAAUGUAGCGGUGCUCAUGAACCUAGCCAGGGCCCUGCGCGAGGUGGGUCGGCAGCAGCGGGCUGCCGAGGUGUACGGCGCCGUCACGCGGCUGCAGCCGGACCACCCCUCCGCGCACUACCGCCGGGGGGCCAUCCUGCGCUCGCUGCGGAGGAAUGAGGAGGCGCUGGCGGCUUUCAGGCAGCACCUGCGGCUGCACCCGGAGCACCAGGCCUCCCGCUUCUGGGUGGCGGCCAUCACGGGGGAUGUGGGCGGCAUGGCGGCGGCACCAGCCGACAUGGUGGCGGGGCUGUUCGACCAGUACGCGGACCACUUCGAUGAUCACCUGGUCAACAAACUGCAGUACCGCACUCCCGAGGCGCUCCGAGACCAGCUGCUUGCAUCGUACGACAGGAUUACCGUACAACCCGACACCUCGAACAACAGCAGCAGCGGCGGAGCUGUAACGACGGCAGCGGCGGCGGACGAUACCGAGCGGAGCAGCAGCAAUGCCGCUGCCAGCACUUGUCAUGGCCCCCACAACAAGUCCAGCAAGAAAGACAACAACAGCAGCAUUGGCGGUAGCAGCAGCAAGCGGGUUCCCAGUUGGCGGCGUUGCGUGGAUCUGGGUUGCGGUACGGGCCUUAUGGGGCCGCUACUACAGCCGUACUGCAAGAUCAUGGAGGGCGUUGACUUGUCGGCCGGCAUGGUUGACCAGGCGUCUAAGCGAGGCUGCUACAGCCGCCUAGCGGUUGCAGAGCUGGUUGCGUUCUUAGAACAGCAGAAGGAAGAAAUAACAACGGCGGCGGCAGCGGCGACAGCUUUAGCAGCAACAGUCGUGCCGUACGAUUUGUUUGUGGCGGCGGAUGUGUUUGUGUACAUCGGAGAUCUGCAGCCGGUGAUGCGGGCCGCGGCGGCGGUUGCUGCUCCAGGAGCGAUUUUGGCGUUUAGUACGGAAGCCCUGGAACGGGCGCCGUCCGGGAAGGCUAACCGUGGCUUGACGCCGUCUGCUGCUGCUGCUGCAACGGAAACGGGGAGCGAUGGAGCAGCAGCAGCAGCAGCAGCAGUAGCAGCAUCGGAAGGGGAUGCUAGCAGCAGUAGCAGCAGCAGUGCUACUGCCGGUUUGCGGUUGCAGGUAACGGGUCGUUACGCGCAUAGUGAGGAGUAUCUUCGUCGUACGGGCGCGGGUUGCGGUUGGGAGUUGGUGAGCGUGUCUCAGUCGGUUAUUCGUUACAACGGUGGGGAG